AUGCCUGGCUGGCAGUGCGCUGACACUGUCGAUCUGGUCUUUGGCCUUGCUUCAGUCUAUCGCGGACAACUUCCUUUCGAUGUCUUGGCUUAUUCUUGGCAACUGGCUGGCCGAGACGCUGCGCGGUCGCCUGAUCAGACCAUGGUGGGAAAUCCAAAGCUUUGGGCCUUCGUCCUGGCAGGGCAAUACCUCUUCUCUGAGACUGUCUCUGCUUCCCUCCGGCUUGCGCCUCAUGCGCCAGCAUUGGACCCAUCUCUUGCUUUCUCCCAGAAGGUCUCCCAGCUGCCGUCCUUCACACUGGAAGCGGAUCCAGAAAGUCAGGCAUUGGUGAGGCAACUACGCCUUGCCCUUCCUGCGGCAUUGCCGGCGCAACCUGGCACCGAGCGGUUUCAGGUGAACGGCACACCGUACGUGGCAGACUUUGGCUUUGAACAGCUGAAGACCCUCUUGCUCGUCCCCAGGAAGGUUCACACCGCCGGCUCCAAGCAGCUCAGUGGCUUCGGUCAUCUCAUGGAGUCAACCCUAGAGGCGAUGGGAUGGCGCACGCUUUGGGCCUGGCCGGAGGAUUGGCAGGCGCUGCACCAACAGCCUCCAAGCAGUGAUGCUCUGGAGGCCCUCCGUGCCAGAAUUGAAGGGGGCGCAGUUGAGACACUGCAAGAAGUGGAGCCUGAUACGACUGAAGAUUCCAGAGGAGUGGAAGGUGAAGCGGUUGCUGCGGAUGACGAAAGCCAAGCUCUGCCUAAGCCUGGGGCCGAGCCUGAAGAGGUUCCCAACGCUCAGCCUGAAGAGGUGAAGCCCGAGCCUGAAGGGCUCCAGCCUCAGGAGGCGAAGGCAGAACCCACUGCGACUGUGGACGGUGGAUUGAAAGAGGUCUUGCCCACUGUCCAAGCCGGAAGCCUUCCAUUGCUCGUUCGCGAGCUACAGCCCAAGUCCAACAGCUAUGUCGCAGCUGACCUCGUGCAGCCUGCGGGAGAUCAGCAGGACUGCCUGCUGCUUGAUGUCUUUCAAGCAAAAACCAACACUGGCAACGCAGCUUCCAGCUUGCAGCUGGACGUGGCAUCGUUACAGUCAGGACCUUAUGCCUACUGUCCUUUCCGCGUCUUCUGGACGAAGGGGCGCGGCCUGUCGCUUGAUUGGGUCUCAAAAGAGCCGCGUCUAUGUGACCUGUACCACGUCCUUCUCAUAGAGGACGAGUUCAUUUUGGAAAGCUUCCGACGAGCCCCACCUGCUUGCCGAGUUUUUCCACUAGAUCCGCACGAGGCACCAGAGUUGCCAUUGGUGUCCCUGCCAUGGGCACCUGGAGAGCCUUUGCCAGAGCUCAAUCGUGUUGUGUCCUUUCACGCCUACAGCGUGUACAUGCCGGAGGCUCAAUGGAACCCACAGAGGUGGCUGCAGGACCCGGACUUCUGGAAUGCACAUUUCAUGCAGCUGAUGCAGCAGGGCAUGCUGAACAUCUGCCUAACAGAGGAGAGUUGCCAGGGCGAUGCUGCGCCAUAUCGACUGAUGUUCUGGGAGGAUAUCAGCACAGAAUUCUUGGAGUGUGUUGCUAGGGGCAUAACUCCAAUUUUUCUGGGGACGCCAUCCAUCCACGAGUAUGUGGAGAGGAACGUCCUUCUGACACGCUGGCGGUUCGAGACUGCAGCCGAGAUGGUGGGCAUCAUCAACACUGUGCACUCGCCACAGGGCGUUCUGGAACAUGGAACCCGCGUGUUCAUGGAGCGCCAGGGCAACUACUUCUUAAGUCGUCUUUAUUGGCGUCAGGAUCCUGGACUACGAGCGUUGCUACUAGCUAGUGCUGCUCAACGACAGCAAAGGUUACAAGCCUCAGUGCAGGUCGCGAGCUCGGAGUAUAUCAUGGAGAUCGUCGUUUGCGUAGCUUCUGCAGCUCAAAACCGACAUGCACGUGACAUUGUCCGCUCAACCUGGGGCAGUGAGCCGUACUUGCGCACUGCCUUUGGCCCAAUUCUGCUUCGAGUCCUUUUCUUCUUAGGACACAGCACGGAAGCCACUGCUGAGCACAGGGAGAUGGGUGACAUCGUGUUACUGCCAGACCUCAUUGAAAGCUUUAGCAGCAUUUGGCUGAAGACUGCAGCCAUCCUUAAGUUCGGCGCGGACUACUUCAAGGGACUUGCAGAGCCUGGUCGCAACGCUGCUGGGAGGCUGCGGUUUCUCAUCAAGUGUGAUGAUGACGCCUUCCUCGACAUUGAUGCCGUGGCUGCUGACCUCAUCGCAAGUGCGCCUGUAGGCCUGCUGUGGGGCCAUGUGAUGGCCCUCGUGGAACCAAAUAGAAAUGCAUCUGAUAAAUACUUCGUCCCCUACGAGGUUUAUCCAAUGCAGUACUAUCCGCCGUACGCUCGAGGAAUGGCAUAUGCGCUUUCGGAGGAUGUGGUUCUUCCAGUGGGUACUGCCCUACAGGAGGGCCGGCUAGACCCCUUUCCUUACAGGGAGGACGUAUCUGUUGGUCUGUACAUAUUGGAGUUAGCGAGACGUGGCAGUGUACGUGUGGUUCCACAUCAGCGCAAAGACGCUAUGCCACUAGACUUUAAGGAACACUGCGCAGGGCCUCAGAGCCAGCAUCCAGUCCUGGUGAUGCAUCGAUUCAUCCCUGCCUCCGCGCAAUGCUUAUGGCAGCUGGUGCAGGAGCGCCGCCGUGACCUGGCCAAAGGUGCUGCGCGCGAUGCAGAUUUCUGCAUGUGCUCGCGGCCGCUCAGAGGCAAGACAGGCAGCAGCAGAAAUGCUGAACGUAUACAACAUACGCGAACAAAUUACACAAGGAGUGAAGAAGUAGGGAACACCCAUCGGGGUCGCACAUUUUGGUGUCCAAAGGUUGUGGAUGUGCGAGUCAUGCUCGUAGGGCAUCACAAGAUAUCAUAG